AUGGAAUAUGCAACAAAUAAUGAAUAUACUGAAACAAAUAAUGAAUAUGCAACAAAUAAUGAAUAUGCAACAAAUAAUGAAUAUGCAACAAAUAAUGGCGAUGAAACUUCUAAUGAUGUAGUUAGUGAAACCGCAUCAUCUAUACAAACUGAAUCAUCAACUAAUAGUGGACGGCCCCUUGCAGACAUAUGGGAAGAGUAUGAUGCUAUAAAUAAUGGAGUGGGAAAACAUAAAGGAGCAACUUAUGAAAUGAAAUCCCAUCUUGCAAUAAAAUGUAAAGGAAAUGUGCCUAGAGAAAUCCGAAUUAAAGUACUUCAAGAGUUUCAAAGUGAGCCUAUAUCACCUGAAUCAACUGCCUUUAAAAAAAGAAAAUCGGAAUAUUCUCAGUUAUCUGUAGAUGCCUAUUAUAAUGUGAAACAAGCUAUCGAUAAAGCUAAAGAAAAGAGUGCUAACCAAUCAUUGAUUAAAUGGAUUGUAUCUUCUGGCAUUUCAUUCUCAGCCUUCGACAAUCCUUACUUUGAAGACUACACCAAAGCAUUAAAUCCCGGCUAUGAUCCACCCAAGCGUACUGCCUUAGCAACAUCAAUUUUAGACGCAGAGGCAGCAAAUAUUAUAAUAAAAAUGGAUAAGGAGCUGUCUAAGGCUAGAAAUUUAACUUUAUGCAUAGAUAAGAGGAUUGGACCGGAAAAAUUUACAGCAAUAGUUUCUGAUGCUGAAUCGUCGAUGAUGGCGGCAAAACGACAGGUUUUAGAACAAGAGCCUCAAAUUUUUACCCGUGCAAACGCUGUAAGAAAUCUAAUCAAUGAUCGUCAAUUUUGGAUUGAUAUUGAACAACUUAGAAAUAUUCUCGGUCCAGUAAAGCGAGCUGUAAAAAAUGUAGAAUUUCGAACCACCUUAUUAGCUAACAUUUUUGUUGAACUCAUAAAAGUGGCGAUUGCAAUCCAGGAGACGUCUGUUUUAUAUAAUAGCCAAUUUCGGUGUGAUUUUGGCAUAUAUAAAAAUUAUGUUUUUAGAAAGGCGAUGGAAAUAUGGAAACAAAUAGGUGGAGGAGAUAUAAGUGCUGGAAUUUUAAAAUCGCAAAUGAAUUUAUACAAAAAUCACCGGCCCCCCUUUGAUGAUGAAUUUAUUCCAUCUACUGAUACAGUUAUUGAUUGGUGGAUGUCCGUAGAACUUAAAAAAAAUGAAGAUCAUAUAAAAACUCUCGCCCUAAGAGUACAUUCAGUUUCACCCCAUAAUGCCGCUUUCGAGAAUGCUAAAUCAGAACUCAAUUAUGUAGAGCAAAAUCUUCGCCAAGAAGACCUAUUGUCUAUUUUCAAUAAAAUUGCAAAAGAAUCAUUUGCUGUUUUGGAAGAGCUUGCCGAGGAAAAUACAGAAGAAACGGAGGAAGAACUAGAAGAAUUAGUUAAUGAAAAUUCAACAAAUUUAGAAGUUGGAAACUUUAUAUCUUUGUCUUCCAACUUAGAGCCCAAUGAAACUGCAAGUUUAAGUAAAGCGGUUAUACAUGGAAAUAAGAAUUUUGAUAUAGAUAAUCUUAUUAGUGAUUUAGAUUAA